UUAAAAAACUAAUUUUUUUGAAUAAUUAAUUAAUUACAACUUCAAGGAUUAUACAUUUUCAUCUCAAAAAUAUCAAUUUGAAAAUAUGCAGGCAUUUUUAAAGACAGGUAAAAUCACCGCUUCUGAUAAAGCAAGCACUUCGGGUGUAAAAUCCACUAAGAAGAAACCUCCAGCACCAUGGGUUGAAAAAUACCGCCCGAAAACUAUUGACGAUAUUGUGGAUCAAGGAGAGGUUGUGCAAGUUUUGAGGGAAUGCUUAUCUGGCAGUGAUUUGCCUCAUCUCUUGUUUUACGGACCACCCGGAACAGGAAAAACCAGUGCGAUAUUAGCAGCAGCUCGACAACUCUUUGGUGAUAUUACUCGGGACCGUGUUUUAGAAUUAAAUGCUUCAGAUGAACGCGGAAUUCAAGUUAUUAGGGACAAAGUGAAAUCAUUUGCUCAGUUAACUGUUAGUAACACUAAACCAGAUGGCAGACCAUGUCCAGCAUAUAAACUGGUGAUCCUCGAUGAAGCAGACUCCAUGACGAACGCAGCACAAGCAGCUCUCCGUAGAACAAUGGAGAGAGAGACUCGCACAACCCGUUUCUGUCUCAUUUGCAACUAUGUAUCGAGAAUUAUUCCUCCAAUUACUAGUAGAUGCUCUAAGUUCAGAUUUAAGCCGUUGGCUAGAGAAAAUGUUAUAAAAAGAUUGCGUGAAAUAUGCGGCUCAGAAGGUGUAGAUGUCGGCGAGGGUGAGGUCCUACACCAGGCGGUAGACACUUGUGAUGGGGACCUUCGUCGUGCACUCACAGCUUUGCAGUGCUGUCAGCGACUACUCGGCAAGAUCACUGCUGAGGGACUUAUUGAGGUGACAGGGCUGGUUCCAGAUAAAUUAGUCAAUGAAUAUUUGAGUACCAAAAACUACAGUGAAUUGGAGCAAUUUGUAGAAAAGUUUCUAAUGGACGCCUAUUCCGCAUCUCAGUUGUUAGAGCAGUUGAGUGCGACAGUGGUGAACAGCGGCCAUUUGACGAACAAACAGAAGUGCUCUAUAAGCGAGAAGCUCGCAGUUUGCUCCCACAGGCUGCUAGAUGGCGGCGCUGAAGUCAUGCAACUCACAGACUUGGGCUGCACUAUCAUAAUGGCCAAUAAUAACCCCUAAAUCUUACCCCUUCCCAAUUUUCUAAGUAUAAAUGCAUGAGUCAAGCCAUUGAAAUUGUUUUGCCCGUCAGGUUCUUAUUCUUUUCGUUUUCUAAGAACCGCGCUAUUGUUUCGGUAAUAUAACGAUUUGUUGCGA